GCAAGUAUUGGGUGCCAGUCACUCAAAAUCCCGGCCACACUCAUGCCGUGGUCCUUGCCACCAUCUCAACAUCUGGACGGAAGACUCUUCGAGCAUUGGAUGACGAUGACUUUUGAUUUAGUCUGCCUCGACCCAGCAUCCACGGGCGAACUCCGGCAAAUGUACUUCCAUGUGGCCUUUCACCAUAGAUUUGUCACGCUAUACGCCAUGUUAGCGGGCUCCGCUGCCCACUUGUUGGCCCUGGGACUGGUGGAGGAUACUGUAUUCGUUGCCGCGCAACAGAGGGCGUUCAAAGCCAUGAUAGACUCCCUAGGGGACUCGGCGCUCGACUCAAGACCCAAAUUGAAUGAGACAGGGCGAUUACAGAAAAAUCACCUUCCAGCGCUGAGUUUUGAUGAUGACUCAGUCAUGGCAUCACUGUUCCUGCUUGGCCCCCAGAUCAUCAACCCCGAUGACAACUACGUUCUGGACAAAGUCGAGUACCUGUUACGAGGGGCGCGAGCGUUGAUCAUCGAGAGGUACAAGUACGCUGAAUGCCAGUGUCCACUAAAUCAUCCUGCUCGUUAUGUCCAACGUUACAAACUCGACAGUCCAAUUUUUCAGUGUGCCAUCAGAACUCUGGCAUACACCGACAUAAUGGCAUGCAUUCCUUGCGCGCGUGCUCCCCUCAUCGGCAAGCAGUACUGGCUCGACCGAGCCGUAGAGGCGGCUUCGGAAAGUGCUAGAAACUUGAGGCCCGACAAUGACUUGGGGUAUUGUGCUCGGAUGUUUUCUCUUCUGGGUGAUUGUGCAGAUGCAAUUGAGGGACUUUACGUCGGGGCCAUGGAUCAAGUGGAUUUUGAACACUGUCGUACUAUACUCAACCACCAGCUCGAAAGUGCGGCAUGUGAAAUUCCAGAGCUCAUAGAUCUCGAGAACAGCAUCAGAUCCAAUUCUUCCCCCAACCAUGCCACUGUUGAGACGAUUGCGGCACACAACAGCAGUAUCAAAGCCGCUAUUUGCCAUGGUCUUGCCAAUAGUAUCUUUUUAUUGCGCUCGACCGACUACCAGCAGAGCUCACCACAAGUGAAAAUGCUCUGCGAUCGCUUGUUUAAGUAUGUUUACGAGAUUUCCAUUGAUGACAGUAUCGUAACUAUCAUGUUGUGGCCACUGUGGGUCUUGGGAUGCGAAAGCUAUUCGGACAGUGUCAAUCCCUCCCGACAGCAAAUCACCGCCAUUUUGGAGAAAAUGUAUCAGAGACGGCAGAUGAAGAAUUCGGAGAACUGUCUGGUAACAAUAAAGCGGGAUAUAUGGAUCGAUUCUUUGGCGCAUCCUCUCGAGGCUUCGGAUCAAAUGCAAUCUACGCAGCAGUCUGCAUGGGUUCGCAGGUGCUGGGAGAAGAGAAUACGCCCGCUACUGGCAUAA